ACCAACCUGAGUGACGCACUGCAGCACUGAUCCGCGAAGAUGUCGCAUUGGCAAACACGGCGUCCAUCCUGAUUUCAUAUCCUGCUUCCACCACACACGGACACGUCCAUCUGGUGACACGGGUACAACUGCUGGCAUAACGCUUCGGUCCCGGGUACUCAAGCGAGGAUCGCAAUGCCUCUUGGCUUAUCGACAUCCGGAUUCACAACGACCGACAUCCUUCGUCUCGCAGUUGACGUGGCAGCGGCUACCCAAGAAAUCGCUAACUUGGCCUCAUUCCCACCAGCGGCCAUAGCUGCAGGCAUAUUGCUCGAGAUCUUCCAAACUGUCCAGAAGAUACACACGAACAAAGUAGAAUGUGAAUGCUUAGCCAAUCGAUGUCUCUCUAUUCUAUGUCGUGUGCGCGACCAGAUGCAGGGUCGCUGGGAAGCCACACCUCCUUCCUUACUGAAGGCAAUAAAAGCAUUCGAAACGACUCUCGAGAGCAUUCAAGGAUUCCUAGCAAGCGAAGCGUCGAAGACUUGGCGUACACGAUUGCACAGGAAGAGCACCAUCGAGAAAGCCUUAGCGAGUUUCGGCACACGCUUGGAUGAUGCUGAGCGUUCUUUCCAGAUCGCGACCUUGAUCAACAUUCAUCGCGCUGUUGGCGAUAGGACGACGUCGACUGCCCCGGACACUUUGAAGCGUUCUUCGACUAUUCGCCAGCCUGGCACGAGUCGAGGUGCAGCUGCCAGGAAAGACUCCGAUAUGUCUGACAUAUCGACUCUCGUCGAGAACCAAGCGUCGGAAGGAUGUUACAACCUCAAAAGUUCGAGCGACACUCACAGCCCAGGGUCUGAAGUACAGCGAGUUGCAGUAAUGCACCACUCAAAUCCUGUGGAGGCCCGUAAUUUCGGUGCCGUGUCUUCUCCAGAACCUUCCGUCCUCAGAGCCACGGCUCUCGCUCGUGGAAGUCAAACCGCCGUGGAUGUUGAUGGCUUCCGUCGAUACCACCAAUCCGAUCUUGCCCUCCGAGGCCGUUCUCGCACGCAAGAAGGGUGGUGGGCGAGUACGGCGCAGGCGGAGGUCGAUGGGCAGCGCGUACUGGUGAAGCGCUACGAGGGCCCGCGAGAUGCAGCGUGUGAGCAAUGGAGGCACGACUUGGAUAUUUUGCGACACGCUCCGCACGCGGAGGUGGUGCGUAUGCUCGGUUAUUCACGCGACGAAUGUCCUACACCCUUCAUAGUACUUGCGAACAGUCCCCUCACUGAUGCGUUCACUCAGAUUCGUCACGGUUACCGCAAGGUCUAG